AUGGAAACUGACUUGAGCGAUGGCCAGAUGUUUUGGCAGGCGAAUGAUGGGUGCGGCGAUGUCCCGGACAACGGAUUGAAGCCGAAGCGGAAGCGAAGGCGGCCUCGUACCAAAGCGUUGCGCAGUGCAAUCAGGGAAAAGGCAGCGCGCGUUUUCGGCCCUUUCACAAGACAGACUGAUGCCGUGUUGUCUGUCCUUCAUCGCUGCUCAUCAUAUUUGCAGAUUGAGAAGGCGCUGUUUACGGAUGAUUCGCCGAUUCAUGCUGUUAUGGAGAAGGAUGCGGGUUGCCGGAUGAGUGCGCUGCUGACGACAGUGCUCAAUACAUUGAAAGUUGAGCGUGAAGAUUACCUCAGAUUAAGCCACGCGGCGCUGAUCAGCAUCGGGCAGUGCACAAGUUUUUUUCGCAUUGCCGGUGAAUCGCGAGACACUCUGCGGCUCUAUCCUGAAGACAGUGCAGUGAGUCGAGAUGCUUGCACCGUUUAUGUUGACAAUUUGCCGCGAGGAUGCAAGGCAACCGUUUUGGAAAAAUGGGUAGCAAAGUUUGGGGCAGUUGCGUAUGUGCAUCCCAUUUUUGAACGAAAGCUGAAUGGUGUAAAAGGCAAUGCGAAGGAAGAGGCAUCCACGGCUGCCGGUACCACCUUUUUUCAGUGCGCUUUCGUCAGAUUCUUUAGCGACCAAGCUGCGCAGAAACUAAUUAAGGUAUUUUUUCACUAUGAUAAACGGAUGCAUUUUUUGAGAAGAUUUGUGAAAUCGGAGAGUUCGGAUGCGACUGUACCUGACGCGUCGAAAGAGGAUAUCGCCUGCACUUCUCACGCUGCUUCCGCUACGACACCUGAUCAUAAAAGCUCUAGAAUGCAGAGGAAACGAAAAAGGAAGCCGAGCUGCACAGGGUCGAAAAGCAUUCAUCGCAAAAAACGUAAGGUGUGCCGUGUAGGUCGAAAAACGAUUAGUACGACAGCAGUGGAAGAACCUGGAGUGAAGGAGGCUGAAGAAUUGCUUCCAACUGCGCCAGAUCGUGUAAAUCUUGAUAAAAAUGCUUCAGCUAAGCAGUCAUCAGUAAAUAUUAGUGACGCUGCUUUGGAAACAUCUGGAGGAAAUAAUUCUGAAAUGACAGCAGAAAGAGUAAACGGGCAUUUAAAGCAUGCUGGAACAAAUACUUCUCAAGAAUUUUUGCAAGAGACUGUCGUUGGCACUUCGAAAAAGCGAAAGCGUGUACAUCGGCGAAAACCACUGAGAACUAAGCCGGAGUUUCGUGUGCCAUGUUUGAAACGAUACUUUUCUAUGAUGCAGCUGAUUAUGAGAGCGGUGAAGUUGCGCGAUGAUUAUUAUCAGACUUUGGGUCGAGCUUUAAUUGGAGAGGACCAGCUAAACACUGAUUAA